CGGCACCGUCCCGGCUUUCACCUCGGCGUUCCCACGCCUCCUCAGCCGGGCUCUCCCCCUCCUCGUCAGGGCCCGGACCUUCGAGAUGGCGGCUCAGAAGAUAAAUGAGGGGCUGGAGCAUCUCGCCAAAGCAGAGAAAUACCUGAAAACUGGUUUUUUAAAAUGGAAACCAGAUUAUGACAGUGCCGCUUCUGAGUAUGGAAAAGCAGCUGUUGCUUUUAAAAAUGCCAAACAGUUUGAGCAAGCAAAAGAUGCCUGCCUGAGAGAAGCUGUUGCCCAUGAGAAUAACAGGGCUCUUUUUCAUGCUGCCAAAGCUUAUGAGCAAGCUGGCAUGAUGUUGAAGGAGAUGCAGAAACUCCCUGAGGCUGUUCAGCUGAUUGAGAAAGCCAGCAUGAUGUACCUAGAAAAUGGCACUCCCGACACAGCAGCCAUGGCAUUGGAGCGAGCUGGCAAGCUUAUAGAAAAUGUAGAUCCAGAAAAGGCUGUACAGUUAUAUCAACAGACAGCUAAUGUGUUUGAAAAUGAGGAACGCUUACGACAGGCGGUCGAAUUACUAGGAAAAGCCUCCAGACUGCUGGUACGAGGACGCAGGUUUGAUGAGGCAGCACUUUCUAUUCAGAAAGAAAAAAAUAUUUAUAAGGAGAUUGAGAAUUAUCCAACUUGUUAUAAGAAAACAAUUGCUCAAGUCUUAGUUCAUCUCCACAGAAAUGACUACGUGGCUGCCGAGAGGUGUGUCAGGGAGAGCUACAGCAUCCCAGGGUUCAGCGGGAGCGAAGACUGUGCUGCACUGGAGCAGCUUCUCGAAGGCUAUGACCAGCAAGACCAAGACCAAGUCUCUGAAGUCUGCAACUCGCCGCUUUUCAAGUACAUGGACAAUGAUUAUGCUAAGCUGGGCCUGAGUUUGGUGGUCCCAGGAGGGGGGAUCAAGAAGAAAUCCGCAGCACCACAGGCUAAGUCAGAGGGCGCCACCGCUCCCACCGCGGAGGAAGACGAAGACGAGUAUGCGGGAGGCCUGUGCUAGGAUCCUGCUUUGCCGCAGAAAGGAAGAGAAGAAUCCUGACACACCAUUCACAGACUUGGACCUUGUCUAAGGGGAUCCAGGCUUCAUUUCAGUCAUCGUUUUGAAAAUGCUAAUAAAGACCCCAUGUUUAGUCUUCAUUUCCCUAAGUACCCAUUAUGAGAAAACACUUUUUUUUCUUUCCAUAAGAGCCUUUCUAAGAUACCAGCAGGAAUUAACAAAAAUAUACUGUCACAUUUUAAUACAGUUGAUUUUUAAAUUUGCAAGCCACCAAUUACGUUCUAAACAAAAGGGACACUAGGGAUAGAAAUUCUUUUCUCUUGGGCUUUUGUGAUUUAUUGUUACAGAAUUUUCUUUGUGUUUUAUUUAAUAAUUGCUGCUAAAAGUGACGUUUACUCAGUUAAAAUAGUAUUUUAAACUUUUUUGAAAAGGAAGUUUAUCCCCAGUGAUAUUAGAUACAUUUAGAUGAUCAAAUCUUGAAAUCUCUUCGGAGGUAAGAUUGGGACAGGAUGCUGUUUUGAACCUUACACUAUUGUUUAGCCCAAUAAAAGGUACGUUUGAAGUCUUAUGUGUAAGCUGAAAGUUUUGAAGCUAUAUUCAACUCCUUUUUGAAAUCCAUUUUUUUCCACCUGAAAAAACACAUGGCGGCUGUCCCCAAAUGCAUUUGGUUCUUGGCUAAACGGGAACUAAUGAGGACUGUUGUGCAUUCUAACAAAGGGAUAAUGUUCCCGUCAAUCUAGAAUAUAGACCUUUCUUCCCUCCAGAAUAAUUUCUGAUUCAUCCAGAGCUGCAGCAGGACAGUAACGUGUUGGCAGUGCUGUGUAUACCGCAGAUGCGUAGCUGGAAAGGGAAGAACUGUUUCCGAAGUGCUUCUUUUGAGGGGAGUGAGCUGCCAAAAUGUCAGUCCUCGUAGGUAUUUGUAGAAGGCUGUUCAAGAAGCAUUCCUUUUUCGCUCAUGCGGCUCUGCCUUCCACAGUGGUCCCCGGUCGUAUGCCCGUCUGCCUCUGCCUGGAGCCGGCCUGCCAGUGCCGGUGCGCAGUGUGCUGCUCCCUGAAGACAGCAGGGCCCAUCGUGAAGCCUGGUUUUAGCCCCAGCUGGUUCUGAGGGAGAGGAGGGCUCAGCCAGGAUGGCUGCCUCUAUGGCAGGUGCGCUGGGCAAAAGUCAUUAUUGAAGAUCUGAUUUAAGACACUAACAAACUUAAUGCUUGGAUUCCUUGCAUUAUUGCAUAGCUCUGCGGGGAGCAGCUCAUUUUCAGUAAUUGUACGGAGACAAACGUUGACCAGUCCCAGCGAGGCUGCAUGUAAACGUGUGCACUGAAUGGCGUGCUCACAUUUCCGAGAGCCCGCCAUUGCUGCUGCGCCUGUUAGAUCCCGUAGGAAACUUCGGGAGUCUCGAGGUCAUGCUCAUGGGAGCUAAGCAGCCAUCUGUCUAAACCAAUUUGGCAGCGCUUAAAAGGUAUCUUCGACCACUUGUUUAUAGAUUAUUGUUUAUAGACUAAAGUGUUAAGUUUUACAUAUUAAAAAUGAGGAGUGAUUGAGUGCAUUCUGUACCAGCAGGGCAGCUGACCCGGAACAACAUGAAACGCUCUAUUUCUUUCAUGUGCAGCCUCUUCCCGCCUCCCUGCCUACACUUAGGAACUAACGAGCAAGACUUAGGGCUAUUUCUUUGACGUCAGGGUUAUUCUGUGUGGUGUCCAGGAAAGAGCCCUUGUUCCAUCUUCAUGCAUUUUAUUUUUCCAUGUACAGAAGUCUUGAUCCUGAGAGUGUGGUCAGGAGUGGGAAAUGUGUGUUUACAGCAGGAAAAACUUUUCCAGAACUCAUGUCAUCACUUUUACCAAAGUGGAAUCCUGCAUGAAUAUGCUCAGAAUCGAAUACUCAGUGUUCUGUUAUAAGUGAAGUCAAUCUAGAAAUAUAUUUAAUAUAUUGAAUGUAUUUGUACAUAGGCAGAGUAAUAUGGUAUUUGUGUAUGGAAUUGUGCUUCCUAUUUUUUCCAGUUCUUUGAUGAGUCAAUUUUAAAUGUGUUGCUAUGAAAAUGUAGAUUAUUGCUUCUAUGACAAGAUAAUUAUGAAAAUAAAAUCUGAAACGAUAGAAGUAUGAUUUAUAACUGUUA